UAACUUUUAUUAUCAACAUAUGUCUUUCACUUUUGUCCCAUAUUUGAUAUUUGUAAAAGAAAAUACAAUAUGCUGUACUCUGUAGUAGCUCUAUGGUAAAAAGACGUAUCGGAUGAUAUGAAAUGUAUUGAAUCGGGAUCGGCCAUCAAAAAAUUGCCGAUGUGACAGGGCAUACGAUGCAUGAUAAUGACAGUAUCUGAAUAUGUAUUAAAUGUUAACCGUGUGAUAUAAGUAAUAUUGGACACUAAUUUAUCAUCGGGAACAUUUUGAAUGGAAAGAAAUAAAUACUGAUGAGCGACAGUGACAGUUUAGAGAUAAAGGAGAUGGGAGGGGCAAAACGAGAGGUGAGGGAGGAACCAAGUGAGGGACAGAGCUCAGAGAACCAGCCAAUCAAACCGAGCGUAGCCAGCAGCAGUAGCAUAGCCUCCAGUUACUUUAACAACAAAGUCUCCAUUCCUGAGGAUGAGCAGCAUCCAAUUUUCAGCUUUAGAAAGUUAUGGGCUUUCACUGGGCCUGGUUUUCUCAUGAGUAUUGCUUACCUGGAUCCAGGGAAUAUAGAGUCGGAUCUACGGUCUGGAUCCUUAGCUCAAUUCAAGUUGUUAUGGGUGCUGAUGUCUGCCACGUUUCUAGGUCUCCUCAUGCAGAGGUUGUCUGCUCGCCUCGGGGUAGUGACUGGUAUGCAUCUUGCAGAAGUCUGCUACAGAAGCUAUCCCAGAAUUCCACGCUUUGUGCUGUGGAUCAUGGUAGAAAUAGCCAUCAUUGGCUCUGACAUGCAGGAGGUGAUUGGAACAGCUAUAGCCUUUUAUCUGCUCUCAGAUGGGAAAAUUCCCCUGUAUGGAGGUGUGCUGAUCACUAUUGCAGACACAUUCACAUUCCUCCUCCUUGAUAAAUACGGUCUUCGUAAACUGGAGGCAUUCUUUGCAUUCCUCAUUUUAAUUAUGGCUGUCACCUUUGGUUAUGAGUAUGUCAUCGUUAGUCCAGACCAGCCCUCGUUACUGAAGGGCAUGUUUGUACCGUACUGUGAGGGGUGCGGUCCAGAUCAGAUUCUACAGGCGGUCGCUAUCAUCGGUGCCAUCAUCAUGCCACAUAACAUCUAUCUACACUCGGCCCUUGUUAAGUCUCGAGAUGUGGAUCGAUCUAAGAAAGAUCAUGUCCGGGAGGCCAACAAAUACUUUUUUGUGGAGGCGUCCAUUGCUCUGUUUGUGUCCUUCAUUAUCAAUGUGUUUGUAACGGCGGUGUUUGCUGAGGGAUUCUACGGCAGAAACGUCACUGAUGUGUAUGACACCUGUGUAAAGAGCGGUAGUCCCCACGCUUCCAUUUUCAAUGCAACAAAACUUGAAGUUGAUAUUUUUAGAGGGGGUGUGUUUUUGGGAUGUCAGUUUGGAUUAGCAGCAAUGUAUGUUUGGGCUGUUGGUAUUUUGGCUGCAGGUCAAAGUUCAACAAUGACUGGGACUUACACAGGACAGUUUGUCAUGGAGGGAUUUCUGAAUCUCAAAUGGAAGCGUUGGAUGCGAGUUUUGCUUACUCGAAGUAUCGCCAUUUUACCCACAAUCCUCGUGGCCACUUUCUCAGGGAUCCAGGAUUUAACGGUUAUGAAUGACAUGCUGAAUGUGUUGAUGAGUCUACAGCUACCAUUUGCUCUAAUUCCGAUUCUGACGUUUACAAGUUCAGAACAGAUUAUGGGUGAUUUCAAGAAUGGAAGGUUCAUGACCAUCUUCACUGGUUUAUUAGCGGUGCUGGUGAUUGGGAUAAACCUGUUUUUUAUAUCGGUCUAUGUCCGCAGCCUUCCCGACCACUGGGCGUUGUACUUAUUGGUGUCGGUGCUAGUCCUGGCGUACAUUCUUAUCGUUUUGUAUUUGAUUUGGUUUUGCUUAGUUACCAAUGGAAUCCAUUUCUUUGAAAGAAUUCCUUGUGUCUCCUGCCUGAAGCCCAGAGAAAUUCCAUAUUGUCUUCCUGAAAGUGUGUCUGGCACCAUUCUGGACUUACAGCCAGAUUUUCCUGACUUUGGUACAACUUCAGACACAACAGUUACCAAUGAAAAUACACAGGAUCAGAACUACAGAUGAAUGAAGUGUUGAUUAUGUAAAAACAAGCCCUCCAGAUUUAUUUUAUAUACAUGUAUUUAUAUAUCACAAAAGGGCAACAUCACUUCAUUCCAACGUUAACCUUAACUAUGUUUCUGUCAGAUGUGCAAGGCCAGCGGAGCACCCAAAUAGUUCACUGACCUAAAUUCUUAUGAAAUUUUUUGAAGAUAUUGAAGGAAGUUCGCACACAGUAUUAGGUUGUUGUUGCACAAAGCAUGUGUUUACAUGAAAUGUUCCGUGUCAAUGUCAGAUUCAAUGCAGAUACUUAGUGCAGAUGUGUAUACAUGAAAUGUUCCGUGUCAGUGUCAGAUUGAAUACAGAUACUUAGUACAGAUGUGUCUUUAUCCAAGGUUUUCUGAUUGUUUAACAUAUAUUUUGAUAUUUUUUUCCUAUUGAUGCUUAAUAGAGACUUAUACCCGGGCUUUGUUUACUGAGCCGUCAAAGCCCACACUGUAAAUGCCCAGGGACUACUUUAAUUCGAUUCUGAUUUCACGUCUGCUUACAAAACUUGAUGAUUGUGAUGUCAUGAUAAUGACCAGUGUCUGUUCAUAAAUAAUGUUUUACCAAGUCAAAGAAAUCAGAUCUGAUGUGUGUUAGCGCAUUAUUUUUAGAUGAAGUUUUUAUAUGCCCGUCUUAAGACGGGACGUAUUAUGGUAUGGCGUUCAUGUCCGUCCGUCUGUUAGCUUUUUCGUGUCCGACCCGUAACUUAAAUACUACAAGGCCUAGAAUCAUCAAACUUUGUCUGUAGAUACAUCUUGGGUAGAAGGUGUGUCACACAUUAAAACUAGGUCACUGUGACUUUUCAUUAAGAAGAUACGGCCAUAUAUGGCAAAAACUUGUCCGGCUCAUAACUUGAAAACUAUUAGACCUAGAAUCACCAAAAUUGGUCAACUAAUGCAUCUUAGGUAGAAGGUGUGCCGCAUCCUACUUUAAGGUCACUGUGACAUUUAAUUAAGGUGAUAUAAAAAAAAAAUGUUUUAAUGGGUACAAUCUAUACUGUUAACAAUAUGUGACGGGCGUAUCAUGUGCCGUGGCAGUGAACUUUAUUAUUGUUGAUUCCUUAAAGAGGAAGUCGCAGUUGCACCUUAAGUUAAUAGUUAUAAUGUAUCGUGUAAUACAGUUGAUUAAGAAUCUCUAUGUUAUGUUAUAACGUGAUGUGAAUUAUCAUAUGUCGAUUAAGGUAGAUCCACCCUCAUGGGAUUUAACAAAAUUAAAGGUUCAAAAUAAAAAGUUGUCUUGAUUUCCACCUGAUUAAUAUAGGUUAAUUUAAUCAAUAACUGAUGAAAAUAUGUACAUUGUAUGUUCACUUGCCAGAGUUUUAAAGAUGUCAGGCAUAUAUUUCUGAUGUUGAUGUAAACAAAAGUUUAUAUCAAUUAACAUCAGAAAAACUGCACAUUUUCAUUAAAUACAGCAUAAUGAAAUUAUAUAAAAACUGGUUAAAAUCACAAAAUUUUAAUUUCAUCAGUUUCAUAAAACUGCUUCUUUAUAGAUAUAUAUGAAUUAAUUGUGGAUAUCAAGGAAAUCAUUGUAUAAUAAACCAUAUACAAUAGAGGUAUACCAGCAUAGGAGUUAUUGCCCUUGACAACAUUUUUUUAACACUAUGGAUCAUUGAUUAUAUCUAUAGAAAAUAUUAAAAUUUUCAUUAUCAAAUUGUUUAUCAGAUAUUUUAUAAAACCAAGUGAAUAAAAUUGCUCCUGAAGAUAUAUUUCUAUCAUGCACAAAUUGAAGUGAAAUAAAGAUUUUGCAAAAAUCCAUGACGUCACAUGAGGGUGGAAUUACUUUGAUACUAAAUAUAUUUUAUUAGUAUUUAUACAUUCCAUAUAUUUAUAUACUGUUAUGGACUUUGAUGAUAAUGGUGCUCUGGCAAUGUUAUGAUAACUACACAUGACUUUGUAAUGGACAUGUAUUAUCUACAGGAAUUCUAUCAAAUAGCUUACAUGGGCAUUCUUUGACGGCAUAUCAUUUUGCGAUAAUGCAUCAAAUGUUUUAUUUUUUACGCCAAUUUUGCUGAUAAUAUUGCAACAAUGUGCAAACAAGACUAGUUGAAUUAUGCGUAUUUAUCUGUACAUCAUUGCAUUAUAAAUAUUAUUAGCACAUUGGAUGUAAAUCAAGAAGUCCUCCCGACUUUUUGCUCACCUGAGUAUUGGUUAAAAGUAUUGGCUACAAAAUCUGUAAUUUUCCUGUUCUGCAUAUCUAAGCUAAAUUUUAUUAUUUAGCAAGGUAGAGCCUUUUACUUUAUCUAAACUAAUUAGGUGUCAGUAAAAUGAUAGAAGAAGCUUAUUAAAUGUAAAGGUCAGCAACAAUAUAUGACCAUAUUGACCCCCCCCCCCACCUCUACUUAAUUAAAUCUUUACCCCUGGGGUUGUGAAAUUUAACAGUUUUGGUACAUCCCUUUCUGCUUUUCUGAAUGCAUUGUUAGUUUUUAUAUACAGAUUGAUUGUAUGAUUUGUUUAAUGUUCCACUCAAAAAUAUACUGUAUACAAUUAUAUUCUUCUACACAUGUAGACGGUUUUGCCCCGUUUUAAAUUCGCCCGGACAUAGUGGUGUUAAAAGAGAGAUAGGAGAAAAAAGGGUGAAAAUAACAUGGGGCAAAUAUUUUCGCAUGUACAGUAUUAGCAGCAAAAUUAAAGAAGUCUUUCAAAUGAUAAAAGCAUUCAAUCAUGCACUUACGAACAGUUUUGCCCAGAGCCACCAAAACCCCUACCCCUGGGAUCAUGAAAAUUUACUAUAUUGGUAAAGAACUACUUGAUCCUUCGAAAUAUAUAUUUAUUAUCAAUGGCAUUGAAGAAAUGAAGAUGUUAUUCAAAUCUUGAAAUUUACACAUAUUUAAAGACACUAUAAGCUAUGCAAGUUUGGCUCUGCCCUGGAGUCAGAACCUCUAUCUGGAAUUUACGACUUUGGUAGAGGCCUUCCUGCUCUACAUGACAGUGCAUUUAGUUUUGCUUGCAGAUGUGCAGUUGUAGAGGAGAUUUUUGAAAAUUGGUCAAUUUUUGUUAUGUCCCUUAAAGGCCCCCAGGGAAUAUGUAGGAGUCCUAAAAUUUACGUCUCAUUUGUAGAAAAGAUGCUCCAUAUCAAAUUGGAAAGUUAAUUAUCAAGGAGUUUUAAUUGAAAUGCUCACAUGUUUAAAUGCACGGUGACAGACCCAGACCAAUAGCAAUAAUUCACCUAUUUAAGUGACUCAGAAAAAAAAAACCUCGACAAUAUUGUAAAACUUAACUACAUCAAAUCUAUUUAUUAGUGUUGUAAUAUUCUAUUUCUUAGAACUAUGCAUGUGUGUGUCAUCUGAAUGGAACAGCCAGGGAAGCUGGAUUGUGAUUGGUUGCAUUGAUAUCUGACAUCAAUGUUACUGUUUAGUGUGGCAUUUUGAUGUCAUUAAGAGUUAUUGUCAAAUAACAUUUGUUAAAAAUUUUCAUUGCAAAAUGAUGUUAAGAGUGUAAACAUUUUUAUGAAGCGCUAACCAGAAGUUAUAGAUUAUCUUUUAAACAUGUGUAUAUUGUACGAUGUACAGUACAAUCAAUUUUAGUGCAAUACGAGUCGGUUACAGUGUGUGUACAUGUAUACCAUUCCUCACAGUCCAACAGAUUACCAUGUAGUAGAUCAAAUUGGACUCGGAGAGUUAAAUUUUGUUACACAUUUUUCAUAGAGUUUUAUCUUUUUAAUUUUUUUUUUCAUUUGCCUUUUUUGAUUGAAGAUUUUCUGCUGUCAUAAAGGAAAUGUACAAUCAUGUAUUGUUUUAGUCUGAUCCCCCCCCCCCCCCCCCCCCCCUAAAACCCAAAAAACGAAACAAAGAGCAUUUGAUAGGGAGAAAAAUUCCAUCAAUAGAAAGUAUUCUUUAUGACCUACACCAACCAAUUGUAAUUGAUACAUGUUGAUAUCCUAGCUAGGUAAUUGUGACGUCAGCUGGUUUAUUCACAUUUCGCGGUGGAUGUAUUCAUCGGAGCUUAAGAUGUAAUAUGUAUAAGUAUAAAAGAGAUGAUUAUUAACGUGGAGGUUUAUGGUUCUUGGGGUUUAUAUAUAAUUGUAUUAACUUGCGCUGUUAUUUCUUUGGUACUGUGUAUGGUGAAUUGUCUCAUGAUAAUACUCUCAUUUAAUAUUCAACUUUCCUGUAAGGAUCUCAGAACUAUAUUCAGCAGUUACGUGUUAUCAAUAAAGAAACCAAAAACAUCA